GUAUCAUGUAAACGCGAAUGAUAUAAAUACCUUGCCCGAAAGAGAUGAAGCAUAUUAAUUUCUGAACCAAACAGAAGAGAUAAUCACCUCCUUCAUCAUGUUCGCUAAGGUUGCUUUCGUUGCCCUUUUGGCUGUUGCUUGCGUCAACGCUGGUGUGAUCACCACCCACACUGUAUCCAGCCAUGGAUCAGUCCAAUCGCACCCAACACCUGUUGUUCAUGCCGUUCCAGUUGUGAAAUCAGUUCCAGUUGUUCACACCGUCCCAGUUGUCAGGACCGUACCUGUUGUUCAUGCCGCCCCUGUUGUCCCAGUUGUUCAUGCAGCCCCAGUUGUACCUGUAGUCAGAACCGCUGCCGUUGUACACAACGUCCAUCACUCCCCUGUUCUUGCCAUCCACCAUUGAGUUCCGAAAAUUCGAUAUGCUGUUUUGUAAAUAAUCAUGCACAUAUAGGAUAUUUAAGGCUUCAAAUAUAAAUUUAGUAUCAA